UUAUAUAAUAAUUCUAAAAUUUAGUGUUAUUAAUAAUAAAUCACUAUAUAUUCAUUCAAUUAAUAAAAAUGUAUUGUUGUUAUACAUAAUAAUCACAUCCCCUCUCCACCAGGCUCUCUCUCCUUACACACACACACCCACACCUACACUGCCAUGUCGUCCUCAGCAAUUUGGACAUCAACAGUUCAGCAAAAUCCCCAAAACCUUCCUCUACUAUUCCCUCUCCUUCCAGUCUCUCCCCUUUCUCAAUCUCGCACCAUCCAAUUUCACAGACCAACCCACAAUCACGCGCUCAAGCAUCUCCACUCCUCUUUCCAACCUCUCUACGACGACGAACCUGCCAUCGGUGACUGCCUCGUCUACGAAGAGGGCAUUUUCCACGACACGAUUAUCGAAACCACCACCAAUUCUAGGCGCUCCGCCACUACAUCGACUGCCAAUAAAGACGCGGAUGUCGCCGCGGAAAACCUAAUUCCGGACGAGUGGCUGGACGUCCAGAAGGAAUUGAACAUCACAAAGAAGGGGCGGCGGAAGAUGGCGCAGGAAUUGGAGUACGGCACGCGGGUGAUGAAGCGGAGGCAGGCUCUUAUGCCUCUGGAUUCGGAGGGGCAGGAUAAAAUUGAGCAAGCGAGGCUGGAUAAAUUUGAGAAAAUUAAGCAGGAGAAGAUAAAGCAGCUGAGCCCCGUGCUGCUUGAUAAUCCCAAGAAGGAGUAUUUUAGGGAGAUUGGUUUGACUGCAAUUCACAAAGCAAUACUUGCCAAGAAGCAGGCUAUAUUUAACUUCCUUUUAAGGGAAUCAGCAAAUCCAUUUGUUCGUGACAAUGAGGGAGCUACCUUAUUGCACUAUGCUGUCUUCGCAGCUUCUAGUCAGAUGAUAAAGAUCUUGUUAUUGUACAAUGUUGACAUAAAUCUUCAAGAUAAUGAUGGAUGGACACCAUUGCAUUUAGCAGUGCAAUCCUGUAGGACAGAUAUACUGAGGCUUUUGCUGCUCAAGGGCGCUGAUAAAUCUCUAAAGAACAAGGAUGGAUUAACUGCUCUAGAUCUGUGCCUCUACUCUGGUAGAGAUGCAAGAACUUACGAACUCAUCAAGCUCCUCAAACGCAUUUACUAGUCUCCAGCCGGUCAACAAAUCAUCCAUCCGACUACUUUUCCUGCAACCAUGGCUCGGAUGGCUGGCUGGUGGUAUUUGUCUAAUCAUGACCGUCCCCAGAACUUUCGAGCUUAUAAUUUAGCUGCAUCAUUUAAACGGGACAGCUGCUUAAAGUCGGAGCAAGGCCCGCACAGGCAUCUUUCCUCGCCAUGCUAUGAUGCAGCUGGUACACAGCUCAUGAAGGAAAAUGCUGUACUCAACCAUCUCAUUGCCACAAAUUUGAGAAUGAUAUGGCUGGAUUUAGAGUUCUUUAUCAUCUCUUGUACUAAUUUUAUGUUCAGAAAACGAAUUGAUAAGAAAAACUUUCUUGCAUAAAGUUAAAUUAAAUCAUGUAAUAUUAAACUAGAUUUGUAUCCUUUACGAGAUAUGUUAAGCAACUGUUAUAUUC